UUGAGGAAAAGCCCAGCCAGAAACCGCGGAGAGAGCAGUUGCCCUAGCAGCGCACCACCACUCCACCAGCAUUCAAAGCGGCAUCCAAAUAUUGCGCAGUGCACGCUAUAAAUUUCGAGUACUUUCUACUUUGGUGCUCGCCUCCGACUGUUGAGAUGGCGGCUUCGAAGGUCGACGGUCCGGCGAUCGGCAUCGACCUGGGGACGACCUACUCGUGCGUGGCCGUGUGGCGGCACGACCGCGGCGAGGUCAUCGCCAACGACCAGGGCAACCGCCUCACGCCGUCCUGCGUCGCGUUCACCAACGCCGAGAAGCUCGUCGGCGAGGCGGCCGUGAACCAGGCUGCCCUGAACCCCACCAACACCAUCUUCGAAGUGAAGCGACUAAUCGGCCGCCGAUUCAACGACGAAUCUGUGCAAGAAGAUGCCAAGCUGUGGCCUUUUAAAGUCGUCGCAGGUAAUGACGAACGACCAAUGAUCAUGGUACAGUAUGAAGGCAAGGAGAGGCAGUUCAUGCCCGAGGAGAUCUCCGCCAUGGUGCUCGCCAAGAUGAGAGAGACAGCAGAGGUAUACCUUGGUAAAACGGUCAAGAACGCUGUCAUCACCGUGCCUGUCUACUUCAACAACUCCCAGCGCCAGGCAACCAUUGACGCCGGUGCCAUCGCCGGCCUAAAUGUCAUGCGCAUUAUCAACGAGCCGACCGCUGCCGCCUUGGCAUAUGGUCUCGAGAAGAUGCCUGUCAGCAACAAACGAAGGACGGUGCUCGUCUUUGAUCUUGGUGGCGGUACCUUUGAUGUCUCGCUCCUCAACAUUGAUCCAGGAGUCGAUAUGGACAAGGGGCUCUUCGAGGUGGUGGCCAUCGCCGGUGACACUCACCUUGGCGGGGCUGACUUCGACAACGAGAUGGUGAAAUACUGUCUCCGGGAGUUCACACGCAAACACGGGAAGAUGGACAUCCACAGCAACCAGAAGGCGCUCCGGCGGCUGAGGACUGCCUGCGAGAAAGCAAAGAGGAUGUUGUCUUCCACCGCACAGACCACCAUUGAGGUUGACUGUCUCCAUGACGGCAUUGACUUCUGUGCCACAAUCACCAGAUCUCGAUUCGAGGAGCUCAACAAGGACCUUUUCAGCAAGUGCAUCAAGGCUCUGGACAAGUGCUUAUGCGAUGGCAAGAUGGACAAGGGCAGCGUCCACGACGUCGUCCUGGUGGGCGGUUCCACCCGCAUCCCCAAGGUACAGAGCAUGCUCCGGGGAUUCUUCUCUGGGAAGGAGCUUUGCCGGAGCAUCAACCCUGAUGAAGCUGUUGCGUACGGCGCUGCCAUCCAGGCCUCCAUUCUCAGUGGUGGAACCGAAGAUGGGAGAUUAGUGGAUAUGCUUCUCCGCGACGUCACGCCACUCUCGCUUGGGAUUGAGACUGAAAAUAAUUUUACAAUGAGCGUGGUUAUCCCAAGGAACACGGCCAUCCCGACCAAGAAGGUGCAGAACUUCACCACGCUCUACGACAACCAGAAAGUCGUUAGCUUUCCAGUGUACGAGGGCGAGAGUGCGAGCACCAAGGACAACAAUCUGCUCGGGGAGUUCAAGCUCACCGAUAUACCCCCGGCACCGAAGCAUGUACCUAGUUUCGAUGUCACCUUCGACAUUGACGCAAACGGCGUCAUGAAGGUGUCCGCGGAGGACAGAGACACUCGGCGGAAGAACAGCAUAACCAUCGUUAACCACGGCGGUCGACUGCGCAAGGAGGAAAUCGCGCGCUUGGUGCAGGAGGCCGAGAACUAAAGAGCAACGCCAGGGUGAAACAAAUGCUCGAGCGUAUCUGUUAACAGCAAUGGAUGCUAAAUAUUGCUAUCACCGUAUCACGUGACUUUUUGUCUUGGCUUCAUGGCUAGUGCGUAUGGCCAAUGGCCAUAGCCUUUUAUCUAUCUUUGUUUAUUGGACCUUCCUUUGUACUUGGGAAAACUCCGUCCUGCACUUGUCGUCGUAAUAUUUCAUGUGUUUGAUGUCUUGGCGUUCGUCUAACCGAUUUUUAGUGAACACAAGUAAGUCAAACUUGCC